AUGAUAAGAGGGACACCGGAGCACGGAUAUGCAGUUCUAGAUGGUUAUCGUCAUAUGCUUAUGACUAUAAAUGAAGGAAGCAAGACAUCGUUAAAGCUUGAUGACAAGGGAAGGUUCAAAUAUUUUUUUGCAUCUUAUGGACCUUGGAUUAGGGGGUUUGUGCAUAUGAGAAAAGUUUUAGCCGUUGAUGGAACAUUCUUAAGAGAUAAGGAAUGUGAUGCCGCAUAUGAGUACUCUUUUGAGAAAUUGUUGGACAUAGUCCCUGAUACUUCAGAGUUGUGCAUUAUUUCUGAUAGGCAUCCAAGCAUAGAAAAAACACUAUCAAAAUUUUACUCUGAAGCAUACCAUGGAUGUUGCACGAGGCAUCUUGGUGAAAAUGCCCGUAAAAAUUUUCAUUGUGGAGCUUUUCUUGGACAUUAUUACCAUGCAACAAAAGCAUAUCGGAGAGAUGUGUACCAUGACCAUUUUGAACAAAUCCGAAUUAUCAAUGCGGAGGUCGCUGAUUAUCUUGAGAAUGUUGGGUUUCACAAAUGGAGUAGAGCAUAUUUUCCAGGAAACAGAUAUGAUGUAUUGACCUCAAAUAUUGCUGAGUCUGUUAAUGCAAUGUUCAAUGAAGCAAGAGAAUUUCCCAUUAUUGCCUUGUUCAAUGAUAUAAGCAAGAGAUGGUCGAAAAAAUUUCAUGAGAGAAGAAUGGCAUACGCCAAGUUAAAAACCACUUUCAUUCCUUCAGCUGAAACUAAAAUAAUGGCUAAUAAGAAUCUGGGAAAUAAAUUAUUGGUCCAUCAAAUUGAUGAAGACACCUUCAGCGUCACCGCGGACAAUGGAAUCGCAAUGGUCCAUCUUCGAAGUAAAAUAUGUUCGUGUCAAGAGUUUGACUUGGAUAAAAUACCCUGUCAACAUGCUAUGGCUGCGCUCAGACACAAAUUUGGAGAUGAAUAUGGCAAGAUGAUUUAUGAGUACUCUUCUCCGUAUUAUAAGGUAGAGUCAUAUAUACUUGCAUAUGCAGAUCCCAUCUAUCCAGUGCCAGCUGAAGAAUUUUGGAAUCUUCCUCUGGAAAUUUUAGAGAGAGUAAUACCUCCACCUGAAAAGAAAACUAAACUGGGAAGGAAGCGGCUGAAGCGAGUACCUACUAUAGGAGAAGUGGUUUCAAAGAAAAGAAAUAAAUGCUCUCUAUGUAAAAGAUUUGGCCACAAAAAAACUUCAUGUCCUACGAGAUCGAAUGAAGUUGCAGGAACAAGUAAUGGUGUAGUUUCAUGA